AUGACCGAACAAGGCAAACGAAUCAAAAAUGAGCACUUCAAGCCUAUCAAUUCAUUCAUAACUGAGGGAAACAUGCGAUUCAAGCUGCUUAAAUUCAUAGGACGUGGCGCAUAUGCACAGGUGUUUGAGACACAGGUUGUAUCAGGCUUCUCGUAUAAAAUUAUGCCAGAGAAAGUGGCACUAAAAAUUAUUAAAAUGGAACUAGUGAAGUCGAACAAGGCCAAGGAGCUGCUUGAAUCCGAAAUAAAGAUCCAUUCCAGACUGGAACACGAGAAUAUCGUGAAGAUGUACUACUCAUUCAGAGACAGUGAUUUCAUAUACAUUGUGAUGGAAUACUGCAAUGGUGGAGCACUGGACAAACACAAAUUGUAUAGGAGCAUAAAGGACAAGAACAGUAAACACGUUGUUACUGAAGAGCACUACUGGAAUAGUAGGCGGAUUUGCCACCAAAUUAUGCAAGGAAUCAAGUACCUGCAUUUUAAUGAAAUAGUUCAUAGGGACUUGAAACUGCAAAACAUAUUCGUAUCACAGGAAUCGAAUCAAAUUAGAAUAAAACUGGGUGAUUUUGGACUAUCAGCAGUUGUGGAGAGCAAUCGAAGAAGAAAGACAGUCUGUGGUACGCCAAACUAUAUUGCACCAGAAGUGUUGGAUGGAAAGAAAAGAGGCCACUCGUAUGAGGCUGAUAUCUGGUCAUUUGGUAUUGUACUAUACACGUUGGUUGUGGGAUUGCCACCAUUCCAGGAGGAAACAGUGGACAAAAUAUACGAGAGAAUCAAAACAGGUCAUUUUGUGUUUCCAAACUCGUUUAAGCGAAACAACGCAAAUAACACAUAUGCGAUAUACGCUAUGGAUAUUCUGAACAAGAUAUUGCUCAAGAAUCCAGAAGAUAGACUCACAAUUGAAGAAAUAGAAGACCAUAGGUUUUUUACUACAAAACAGAUGAACAAAAUUAGUGAGAAUAAAUCCAAUACAAAUAGGCAUGGAAUGAAGAAAGGAAGUGAAUCAUUAUGUGAAAUAAUGUUGGAUGCGUUACUCAAUUCUGCCUACAGAAUCACAAACAUAGAGGACGAACACGUCUCAUUCUCGUUUCCGAUGAAUGACCUGAAGUGCAUUGGAUACACUACGAAAGAAGGUGUCAUUGGCCUGAUUUACUUCAAUAAGGACCACGUCUAUCUACUACGAAACUGCCUAGUCGUUGGCAAACUGAAUGGUGAAACAGAACGACACCCAUUCAGGUCCAUUCCAGCCAAAUUCAAGACGAAUAUAGGCCACUUGAAGUAUUUUGUAACCAAAUUCACCAGUUUGAAUUGGAACAGGGUGUUGCUACCAGAGGAGCCAUCGGCCAUCAUCAAGAAAGUAUCACGAGUUCAGGAUGGAUUUGCAUUUUUGAUGACGAAUGGACUGAUGGUAUUUGAUUUCAGCUGUGGAUCCCGGGUUGUAGUUGGUAGAAACGGUAAGGAAUUUCUGGUUCUGAGUGACUACGAAAAAGUUGUUGGAUUUACCGAUCAAAUUAAGGUAAAAAUGAUAAAUGUACUGAUGAAUCACAAAAGAAGCAAGGAACAGUAG